CACAUACUUUUCAGAGUAAUUUCUCCAAAUAUUAAUCAAUAUUCGGAAUUUCAAGUCAAAACUGUAUAUUACAACUUUUAAUCACAAAAUUAAGGUUAUAAGUUGAUGUUUUACUUUAGUAUUUUCUAAUAAAUUUGGAACUACAUUAGUGGUGUAUUUAGAAAUUCAAACAGGUACUUGUGAUACACUAAUUUUGACAGAAAAUGGCGGAUAGGCAGUCAUAAACGUAGAGCAAUCUUAUUAAAACGUGAGAACUGUAAAAACUGUGAUACGAAUGUAGCCCCUUCUCUUACUAACGAAAUGAAGGGACUACCACGUUUUAUUUUCGCUACGUGAUGGGCUGUGCAAACGGGAAGUUAGAGCCUGAGGCGCCCCCAAAUGACAUAGUUUAUCCAACUUAUUACGGAGGUAAAAAUGGGGCACGAACCGGGCCGAACGGCGUUGCGUACACAAACGCUAAGAACCAACAGGCACAAAGGAAAGGGGUUCAACCUCCGCCAGAAGGUGGCCAACCGAAAACGAAUAAAAAGGUUAAAAAAUAUAGGGAUAAGUUUGAUCCCCGUGUAACUGCCAAAUAUGACAUUAAAGCUUUGAUUGGCAGGGGAAGUUUCAGUAGAGUGGUUCGUGUUGAGAACAGACUCACAAGACAACCAUAUGCUAUUAAAAUGAUUGAUCGAGUGCAGGGAAAGGAAGUGUUUGAAUCCGAGUUAAAAGUCUUGAGAAGAGUCAAGCAUCAGUACAUUAUUCAAUUAGUGGAAGUGUUCGAAACGAGGGAUAAAGUUUAUAUGGUUAUGGAACUGGCAACAGGUGGUGAGCUUUUCGAUAGGAUUAUCGCGAAGGGAAGUUUCACUGAACGCGAUGCAACGCGAGUGUUGCAAAUGGUGUUGGAAGGGGUUGAUUAUUUGCAUGGUUUAGGCAUUGCACAUCGUGAUCUUAAACCAGAAAACUUAUUGUAUUAUCAUCCGGGUCAUGAUUCCAAAAUUAUGAUAACUGAUUUCGGGCUUAGUGCCACCAUAAAAGGAGAAAAUAUGAUGCGGACUACAUGUGGGACUCCAGAGUAUAUUGCCCCAGAGAUUCUGGCUAGAAAGCCAUACACGGUUCAAGUUGAUAUGUGGGCUGUGGGAGUGAUCACAUAUAUUCUCCUUAGUGGAACUAUGCCAUUUGAUGAUGAAAACCGGACAAGGCUUUACAGAUUAAUUCUGAAAGCUAAAUACAGUUAUGCUGGAGAGCAUUGGAAAGAUGUUUCGGAUCUUGCUAAGAAUUUCAUUGACCGCUGUCUAGUCAUAGCCCCUUCUGAACGAAUCACUGCUGCUGAAUCGGUCAAACAUCCAUGGAUCGUUACGAUGGCCGCCAGUUCUAGUAAUAAGAACUUACACCGCACUAUUAGUCAUAACCUGUUGCAGCGUCAAUCUACGAGGUCAAGGGCAAACAGUACAAAAAGUGCCAAAUCUACACGAUCAACGAAAUCCAAUAAAUCGAAUAAAUCAGGACGUUCACUGCACUCAGAGCACCGACGGGUUCAGCAGGAAGAGAUCGAGGCCCUGCAUCGUGACCCGGAGGUGCAGGCAGAUCUAGCCUCACUAAGUUAAGCAUGAGGAUUUUUUUUUACAGACAGAUACACUAUGAUAAGAGAGAAGAAAAUGUACAGGGAAAACAAGUUUGUCCUAAUGGAAAGUAUUUACAAAGAAUGAAGCUUUUAGUUUAUCAGUGUUGUGAAACAUUACAGUUUUUGUGUACAGUGAAAUCCUGAAUACAUUUUGCUGACAUAACAAGUUUUUGAAUGAAUCCAGGGAAAUUUGUGAUUUAUUUUAAGUUCACUAGGUUUGUUUUCAGUAUCGUUUUCAUUUUCUUCACGCUGUUUUUAAGUGAGGUUGGAUAUAGGAUAGACCCAACAGAGAAAGAUCUAGGGGGAAUCGUUGAGAUGCCCCUGUUGCCAAAAUAACAAGAUAUGUGAUAUUAUUAUGAAUGGAACCACUUGAACAUGUGUGUGUGAUUGAUUGGUUGGUUAAAAUAUAUACUACUACAAGGUGUUGAACAUUGUUCCUUUAUCCCCUAGAAUUUUUGUUACAGAUAUUUCUUUUAUAUAAAUAAAUCUAUUCUAUGGAAGCAAAGAUUCUGUACUUUAAGUUUGGGGAGGAAGGUGUUAAAUGACAGAGACACAUAAUGAUUUGUGAGGAGGAGAUGAAGAAGAAAAGGUGAGAAAAUCUUGUGUAAAGAGUCUACUUCAGCAGGGAAUUUGUAUAUAGUCUCACUGAUAGACCUCUAUGUAUGUUUCGUUGUGUAUUGCAUUACAAAUAUGAGCCGCGUCACGACAAAACCAACAUAGUGCGUUUGCGACCAGCAUGGAUCCAGAGCAGCCUGCGCAUCCGCGCAGUCUGAUCAGGAUCCAUGCUGUUAGCUUACCAACUCUAUAGCAAGUAGAGAAACUGAUAGCGAACAGCAUGGAUCCAGGUCAGACUGCGCGGAUGCACAGGCUGGUCUGGAUCCAUGCUGGUCGCAAAGGCACUAUGUUGGUUUUGUCAUGACGCGGCUCAUAUAAGGUCUUGUUAACUUGAUAGCCAAUGGCUUUUUCUUUUGACUUUUUUCAGUGUUUUACACAUACAAUGCCAUCUUUUGAUUCGUGUUUCGUAAAAACUUUAAAAAAAAUGUUAAGAUAAGCAUCACAGACUUUUAUCAAGCUGGAUCAUGUGAUAGUGAUAGAAAUAUCAUUCGGAGAUAUUUUGUUUAUAGAAAUAUGAAUCUCGUAAAAUAUUAAAACACUGUGUGUUAAAUCUUUUUGUUUAAAAUUAUCUCCAUUGCUAUUGGCAGCAAAAAUAUUUAAGUUUAUUUUAUGUCUUACAGAUAAAUUUGUUUAAAGUAAAAAUUUUCUCAAUUUGUAAUGCAAUACGUAUUUGUUCGGUGAUAAUUACACUGUAUUUUUUCAUAUACUAUCGCUAGUGCCAAGUUGUUUUUUCUCUCAUUGGUUGUUACUAUGUUAUUAUGUUACAAAUCAUGUUUUUAUGGAGAUCUAGUUGUUAUAAUGAUAUGUGAAAUGAGCCGUGUCAUGACAAAACCAACAUAAUGCUUUUGCGACCAGCAUGGAUCCAGACCAGCCUGCGCGUCCGCGCAGUCUGAUCAGGAUCCAUGCUGUUCGCUAUCAGUUUCUCUACUUGUUAUAGGGUUUGUAAGCGAACAGCAUGGAUCCUGAUCAGACUGCGCGGAUGCGCAGGCUGGUCUGGAUCCAUGCUAGUCGCAAACGCACUAUGUUGGUUUUGUCGUGACGUGGCUCAAAUGUUAAUGCAUUUAAGACUGAUACAGCACAAGUGGUUAUCACAUGUAUGAUAGGCUCAUGUGACGGUUGUGACCACAGGUGUUCAUCACGUUGUUUGGUCAAUACCCCAAACCCCCUCUAGUAAAUAAAUAAAAUAAAUGAAUAGAAAAAUAAAUGAAAAAUACAAAGAUAUAUUUACUAAGUAAAUCUAUGUAUUUUUGUUUUUUGUUUUUUUGAUCACAGGGAGUUGGGGUAUUAACCAAUCAAAGUGCCAAACACCUGUGCAUGUGACCAGUACAGUGCGAGCCAAUGUCGCCUUGAUGUCUUAACAGACUCAGUGCUAUGGGCUCUUAAAGUUUAUUUUUAAAUUCCUUCAAUUUGUUUUUGAUAUUAUUUAAAUAAAAUGGACAAUGAUAAAAUUUCAAGGCCAGAUAUAUCCAUAAGAUAAUUAAUGUGAAGUGUAGGCUGAGGUUUCUUAUGUUAAAUAUAUCAAAUUUUGCCAUGGCAACAAAUAUUCUUCAUUAGUUAGUACAAUGUUUUAUACUUAAAUGUUCAGUUUUUACAGGUUUUCUUUAGAAAAUCCCACCUGCCCAUUACUUCAUAAUCGAAAUAAGAACUUUAGAAACUGUUCUAAGGUAGAUUUUGUAAUUGCAGAAUAAGGAGAAUGCUUGUUAAUUCAUAAAAACAGGUUAUAAAAUUUAUUGACUUAAACUUGUUUAUUAAAAAAAAACUUAAUUGUCAGAAUUUUAAUACAUACUAUACAUCUAUUAAACAACUUAAUUAUCAUUUUCUCAGUAGGUUCAUUAAAAAUCAUUAUUCACACAUUCAGUGACUACUUCAUAUAUUUGAAAAUGUCCGUCCACAUGUGACAAUAUUUUUUAUUAUGGCAUAGAUUUAUUUUUAAUCGGUGAUAUUCUGUAAAGAAGAAAAUCUCAAUACCUAUUCUAUCUUUUUUAUUGUCCUUUUUAACGUUUAGCCUGUUGGUGGGGGGGUGGGGCGACUGAAAUUACCCGUGCGUCAAGUGCAGACCAGAUCAGUGCCUUCCGAUAAUGGUCUGCACUGGCGGAAUUCAGUCAGUUGUCAUUUUGAAAUUUUCGGUAAAAAUUGAUAAAUGGUUUUGUCCAAAUUGAAAGAUGGAUAAGUCCAUUUAUGAAAUUUAGGGUGGUUAGGGUUAAGGAAGAAAAACGUCUGCUUUAUUCUGGAUCUGAUAUCUAUUUUUAUACAUGUACCUACAUGAAUAUGCAAUUUGUUCAAAAUAUUUUUUUUUUAAACUAUGUCGUCAUCUGUUAAUAUAAUAUAGCAACAACUCUUGUUUUGACUUUUCUUUCAAGUAUCAAAUCUUAUUUUGACACAAAAUUUUGGGCAUUUAUUUUCAUGUGUGUUUGUGCGUCACUUUUGGCAUGAUGAAAGAGGGAAGGUUUUGAUCUGGGGAUAUGAGGAACUGAAUGUUUACAUACUGGAUUUGUGAAAUCCCUUACAUUUCUAUUCUGUUUGAUAACUUUAGCUAAAUUUAAGAUAACUCUUAAAGUAAACCAUGUCGAUUUAAUCUACCAUUUAAUGAAGAGGGAAAAAGAAAUGAAAAGGUACCUUGAACUUAAAAUGCUGGUGUAAGUAAAUAAGUAUUGGAAUUUAAUCUUACUUUGAACCCCAUGUGCUAUAAACUGAUAAGAAUUUUAUGCCAAAAAAUUGUAUGCAAAAAAAAAAUACCCAAAGUAUGAUCAUUAAACAGUAAUCUUUUGAAAAAAUCCAAAAUUAUUAUAACUUGAAUAAAUUUGACAGUUGAAUGGAAAAAUUAUGAUUUUUACAAAAAUUAGAAUACAGUUAUUUGUACCAUAUUUAAAUGAACCUAAAAUGGUUGCUAAAGAAAGGAGGUCUUGCAAAUUAAGUUUCUACGAGUUUUUCUGUACCCUCGGUAUUCUCAAAAGUUAAGUAAUAGAAUAUAAUUGUUGAUAAAAACAUAUCAUACAUACAUGUAUGUAUUGUUAUUUACAGUAGUUUGUUAAUUUUAAUGGUUGACCUAACUGCUCUUAACAUCAUCAAUAUUACAGUGCUGAAGGGGUCAACUUUAUUUUAUAUCUUUGCCUUCAAUUUUAUACCUUUGACUUAUAUAAUACAUCUUUGAGUUCAUUAUUUUAUCUUUGACUUCAAUUUUAUAUCUUUUGAUUUGAUGGAUGAAUAUCUUUUCUGUCCAUAAUAUAUUUUAAGUAAACCGUCCAUAUCUCAACCUGUCCAUUAAGAUGUUGUAAUAAACCGUCCAUAUUAAAAUUAACGUCCAUAACUUUUACCGUCCAUACAUUUACAGUCCAUGAUUCUUAUAUGAUAUCAGUUGUUAAAUUAGUAUGACAUUGUUUUUUCGUUAUUAUUUAUGAAGUCAAUCUUUAAUUUAGUUUUUGCACCAAAAAUUACAAGGGCUUGAUUUUACUUUAGAAAGUCAUUGUUAUAUGUGUGCAAAGUGUAGAUCUGAAAAAUCAAAAUUGCUACUUUAUGGUUUUGAAAAAAAAUAUGACUAAAUAUUGUAAUGUUGUCAAGUUAUCACAUACACCGAAGUUUUGUAAGUACAUAAGUCACUGCUGAAUGUUUUACACACGUUUUUUCACUACAGUGAUUUUUUUUUUCGUUAUUUGUACAUUGUUUUUAAAAUUUGUUCAUUAUUUUUUCUUUUAAAUAAUUUAUACAUGAAAUAGAAAGAAAAAAUAAUUCCUAAAAUUUUGUAGGGAUUUAUUUCUUUAAGUGCCCAGUAAUACAUUUG